UCGUAAAUGCAACGUGAACGUAAAGUUUCGACAAUUCCGCUACGGAAGCCGUGUGGCCCAACAGUAACACGUUCUGGUGGUGUAAUUAUCUCUUCCACCCAGCCGCUCACUGAUGUCUUGUAACCUUAUGUCCGCAAACGGAACCCGGUAAAGGAAACCGAGUCAGUUAGGGAUCUUGACCUAAUGGGCGGUAAGAAGAAGAAAUCGGCGGCUCAGGCUGCUUCGGCGGCCCCGGUAGCAGCUGGUCGGACUUGUGCAACGACAGCGGGGUCCGAUGCGGCGGAAGAACCGAAGAAACAGGCUACCUGCAAUAAACCUACCAAACCAGUGAAAGAGAGCAAGUGUAAAGCUCCGAAGACCUACAGCCUUUCCAACACAGCGCAAGUUGACACGAGUGGGGUCUCAGACAAGUCAAUUCUUAAAGUUUCUAUUUACACUGACCUGGAGAAGAAGAUUAUCAAGCUGAUCAAUGACUUCAGACAGGAGAAUGGAGACAAAGGGCCCAUAUCUGGUAGACUUACAAACAAGAAAUUAUUGGACCUAUACACAGCUUUACAAAAGUUCAACUUUAAGAGAGAACACAUAGAAGAAGCGAUGAAGAGUAGCGUCUUAUACGGAGGUGAUCUUCACUCUGCUCUUGACUGGCUCUGUCUCAACCUUAAAGAUGAGGAGUUGCCAGAUGGUUUCAGCCAGCAGCUGCAGGAGGAGAGCCAAAAGAGCAGGCCGAAAUUUCAGCCUCUUCCCCAGCAAAACCCUGCAGCUAAGAGCCCAGAAGUAUCCAACAACACCCCUAAAGAGACCACCAAGGUCACAGAGCAGGAUGAAGCUGCCAGCAUGAAAGAUUGGAUCUUGAGGUACGCAGAGCAAAGCAGCGAUGAAGAAGAGGAGGAGGAGGAAGAAGAAAGAGGGGGGAAGAAGACACACAAUCCUGAACUAGAUGAAAAGUUUGAUCCAAACGACAGGUAUUUGAUCCUCACUGCUCAACUGUAUGACACUAAAGAAAUGGCAGCUGCUGCCAAGACUAAAUUAGACAAGGCGGGUCAGAGGAUGGCGCAGGACAGAAUACGCAUCAUACAGCAAGAAAUGAAACAACUGGAGUCCCACCCCAUGUUCAAUCCAGCCAUAAAAGUGGUUGAUUUCCCUCAAAAGGAGAAGAGGAUGCUUCCUGUCAGUGAGGUCAAAGAAGAUCUUGGCUUCAGUUUGUUUGAGCAAGCAGAGAAGGAGCCUCCUGCAGAAAAAGUUGUAAAAAAGAACGAACCAAAGGACAUUCGUAACUUUGACUACACUGCUCGCAGCUGGACAGGAAAGUCUCCCAAACAGUUCCUCAUCGACUGGGUCCGAAAGAACCUUCCCAAAAGUCCGCCACCGUCUUUCAACAAGGUUGCUGCUGGUAGAUACUGGAGAUGCAAGGUGCGUGUUCAGAGAGCAGAUGAUGUCCUGGAAGUUUGUCCAACUAUCCUGACUGAGGACAGCAUGCAGGCUCAGCAUCUGGCUGCCACACUGGCUCUCUACACCUUAGUUAAAGGACAGUCAGUACAUCAGCUCCUUCCUCCAACUUACAGAGAUGUGUGGCUGGAGUGGAGAGACAGCGAGCAGCAGCAGCAGGAUGAAAGCCGCACUGCCGCCAACAAACCUCGAGACCAGUUCAUUUCCCGGCUCCUGACCAGACUCAAACAGCAGCAGCAGAACCAGAGUCAGGGGCAGAAGCCUGCAUCUCAAGGACAGCAUGGGUUGAGCGGCGCUGAUGAAGAGGAGCCUGAAGAAUCCUGGGAGAACCUGGCUGGUCUUGAUAUUGGAGAGAGAGAAAAAGAUGUGGAAGAAAGGAGUGAAAGAAUUGGAGGAAGGAGGGAAGAGGCAGCACUGCAGGCAGCCAGAGAGAUUAUACUCAAGCUGAAAAAAUCUCCACUCGCCCAAAAACUGCAGGCAGAACGGGAGCAGCUUCCUGUCUUUCAACACAGACGUCGUAUCCUGGAAGCUCUGCAGCGUCACCCCGUGGCGGUGGUUGCUGGCGAGACGGGCAGCGGGAAGAGUACUCAGAUCCCUCAGUUCCUCCUGGAGGAGCUGUUGACUGGAGGAAAAGCUGCUCAGUCCUGCAACAUUGUGGUGACUCAACCACGCAGGAUUUCAGCCGUGAGUUUGGCUUGUAGAGUCAGCGAGGAACUGGGCUGUGAAGAUGGACCAGGAUCCAAGUCCUCGCUGUGUGGGUACCAGAUCCGGAUGGAGAACCAGUCUGGGGACUGGACCCGACUGUUGUAUUGCACAACUGGAGUUCUGAUUAGGAAGCUCCAACAUGACAAACAUCUCAGCUCCCUGACCCACAUCAUUGUGGAUGAGGUCCACGAGCGGAGCGUCCAGUCAGACUUCCUGCUAACCAUCCUUAAAGAUGUUGUAAUGAGAAGAUCCGAUCUGAAGCUGAUCCUCAUGAGUGCCACUGUGGACUGUGACAAGUUCUCCAACUACUUCAACCGCUGCCCAGUGAUCACCGUUCCAGGCAGGACUUUCCCUGUAGAGGUAUACCACUUAGAAGACAUAGUGGAGGAGACAGGAUACAUUCUGGAAAAGGACUCCGAGUACAGCCAGAAAAUUCUUGAAGAAGAAGAAGAAGUCUCCAUAUCUGUUACACAGAAAGGAGGGAAGACUUUACAGCACCAGGAGGUGAUAGUGAGGGACUCAAACAGCUGGGACCUGGGUCCGGACCUUGACCACUUCAGCAGCAGGACUCGGCAGGUGUUGCAGUAUAUGAACCCUAAUAAGAUCAAUAUGGACUUGCUCGUGGACCUUGUGCACUAUUUAGACAAGGCCCCUCAGUUUGCAGAUGUGGAUGGAGCCAUUCUCAUUUUCCUCCCAGGUUUGGCUCACAUCCAGCAGCUGUAUGACCUGCUCUCUUCAGAUAAGAGGUUUCAGGACAAAAAGAGGUUUAGGAUUGUUGCCCUCCACUCCACUAUUUCAUCAAAAGACCAAGCUUCUGCCUUUACAGUGCCCCCUGCUGGCCUUAGAAAGAUUGUGUUGUCGACCAACAUUGCUGAGACAGGUGUUACUAUUCCUGAUGUUGUGUUUGUCAUUGAUUCAGGGAAGACCAAAGAAAAUAAGUACCACGAGAGCAGCCAGAUGAGUUCUCUGGUGGAAACAUUUGUCUCCAAAGCUAGCGCCCUCCAGAGGCAGGGGAGAGCAGGACGAGUCAGAAACGGCUUCUGCUUCAGACUCUACCCAAAAUUCAGGUUUGAUGCCUUCAUGGAUUACUCUAUUCCAGAGAUUCUGCGGGUCCCACUGGAGGAGCUCUGUCUUCACAUUAUGAAAUGUCAGUACGGCUCCCCAGAGGACUUUUUGAGCCGGGCCCUGGAUGCUCCUCAGCCUCAGUCGGUUAGUAACGCUGUCAACCUGCUGAGGAAGAUAGGUGCGUGUCACGCCGAUAAUCACAUCCUCACCCCACUGGGACACCACCUGGCAAGUCUGCCGAUCAAUGUGAAGAUUGGCAAGAUGCUCAUCUAUGGAGCCAUCCUCGGCUGCUUGGAGCCCAUAGCAACCAUUGCAGCAGCCAUCACAGAGAAAUCUCCUUUCUCCACACCAAUGAACUCAAAAGAUGAAGCUAACCUGGCCAAAGCUGCUCUGGCUUUAGCCAACUCUGAUCACCUGACCAUAUACAAUGCAUAUCUGGGAUGGAAAAAUGCACAGACUGAAGGAAUGAGAGCAGAGUUGUCCUACUGCAGGAAACACUUCCUCAAUCGAACAGCUCUCAUUACAAUAGAGGAUGUGAAACGAGAGCUGAUGAAGAUGAUGGAGCAGACAGGUUUCUGGUCUUGCUCUUCCUCCUCUCGUUUGAAGGAGCAAUCGGUGGCGCUGUCCAAGCAGCAGAUCUCCGUCCUGAAUGCGGCGCUGACAGCGGGGCUCUAUGACAACGUGGCCCGGGUCCUGUGCACCCCCUCCGUGGAUGUGCUAGAGCGAGUGGCCUGCACAGUGGAGACACCUCAAGGCAAGGCUCAGGUCCACCCUUCAUCUGUAAACCAUAACCUGCAGACCCACGGCUGGCUGCUGUACCAGGAGAAGGUAAAAUAUACCAAGAUCUACCUGCGAGACACCACGCUGAUAUCUCCUUUCCCAAUGCUGCUAUUUGGAGGUGACAUCGACAUUCAGCACAGAGAGAAGCUCAUCACUUUAGACGGCUGGAUCCACUUUCAGGCUCCUGUGCGGAUUGGUGUGAUCUUCAAACAUCUGAGGAAACUGAUGGACUCUUUGCUUGAAAAGAAGCUGGAGAACCCCAGAAUGAAUCUUAAAGGUGAAGCAACCAUCCAGCUGAUUCUGGAUCUGAUCAGAUCAGAGCACACUGUGUAACACAACAGGCUGUCUCUGAACAACUUCCACGCCUUUUAAUGCCUGUGAUUCUAGUGUUACUUAUGUCCUUUUUUAAUUCAGGAUGAACCUGCAGAAACACAUUCACACACCAUCCACUGACAUGGACAGAUAAAAAAUUAUGGUUACCUGAAAUGUUUUGCUCAUAUUGAGGACUGUAUUAUAUGGUUAGAGUAAAAAUGUUUUAAUUUGAGAUGUUAUUGUGUCACAGUUAAUCAUCAGAAAUAAAUGGCUGUUUUAACAAAAUUACCCUCUGAGAACAUUUUUGACUGUUUUUAGCUCGGGUGGAACAUUGCUUACAUGUAAAGGUGAAAUACCAACAAAUUACUUUGUUUUGGUCUUUUUCAUUAUUCAUCUAGCACAAGUUAAAAGAGAUUUUGGUGUUGAAGCAUGAAGUAAUAAAUAAGUAUUCCUUACCCAUCAAGUUGCAUAUAAGUGCCACUAAUUGCAGUGUGUGACCCGGCUUAAAGAACCUUUGACAUGUCGAAUCUAAUGUUCUCUGAAAGGUGUGGGAUAAUCAUGCCAAGGUCUCAAGAGCUUAGAAACAUGUUUGUGGAGGUCUAUAAGACCAUGCCAUGAAAAAACAUUUGCUAUCCAAAAAAACCAUAAGAAUAAAAGCUUCUCAAUACACAUGCAAAGAGCCGCCUGGUUGAAAUGUUAUUCAGAUAGAUGCAGUAACAGUAGACUGUCUGGUAUUGUUUUGAGGUAUAACGUAGCAUGAUGCAU